GCAGGCAUAGAUUCCAAAAAUUCCACUUUAUUUGAAAUUAUGAAGACUGAUUUGAAGAUGAAGUUGUGUUUAAUUAUUAUUAUAUUUUUUGUAAAGAAUAAUAGAAAUAAUAUUUGUGUUUCAAUGUACUUAAAUAUAAUUUUAAAAAUAAUAAAUAAAUAAAAAAAAGUAGGUUAUAAAUUAUAUUUCAAACUAAAUGUAAAAUUUUUAUGAUCAAACACUAAUUUUUAAAAUAAUAAUAAUAAUGCUUACUUCGUUUAAAAAAGAAUGAUCUACUUUUCUUUUUAGUCUGUUUAAAAAAGAAUGAUUCUUUUUUUUUAUAAUACUUUAAUUAAUAUUAUAAUAAAAAAUAUUUUGAUACAUUUGACACAACUAUUAUUUAAAACCAUAAGAUUUAAAAGUAAGGAAUAAUAAUUAAUUCGAUAGCUGAAACAAAAAUCCAAAUUGACAUUUGGUGGUGGGAGCAAAGAUAAAAGGCAGCGUUAUCAUCUCUCGUCUAAAUAGUUUCUUCGUAUUUUGACCGACUUUGCGUAGGAAGUGAAAAGUAGAAUGGGAAGCUUCCUUUCAAGUAUGGUGGGUGGAGUUGAGGCGCAGGCAGCGACGGAAGAAUCAGGAUCGCCGUCAGAGGAAUCGUGUGUGAUUGCUUUUCAUUCAUCCAAUCGCUGGCAACUUCACUUCAACAACUCUAAGCAAUUGAAUAAACUGAUUGUUGUGGAUUUUGCGGCUUCAUGGUGUGGCCCUUGCAAGUUCAUAGAGCCGGCUAUCAAAGCUAUGGCUUCCAAGUAUACUGACGUUGACUUCGUCAAAAUUGACGUCGAUGAGCUCUCGGAUGUAGCACAAGAGUUUGGAGUGCAAGCUAUGCCGACAUUUUUGCUGCUGAAGCAAGGCAAGGAAGUAGAGAGAGUGGUUGGAGCUAAGAAAGACGAGCUGGAGGAGAAGAUUCUCAAGCACAGGGAAGCCCCUAAAUACGCUGCCUAGUUGUUUGACCUGAAUUUCAUAGCGAAUAAGUUCUUAAAAAAGCUCAUUACUACCUUAUUCUGAUGUGAUUUGCCUAUGGUGGACCCUUGAAGGCUUUGCCAUUUUGCCAUUUCUAGUUGUGUAAUUCUACUCUUUGAACUCAUAAUUUGCUGUUACUGCUGGGAGUUACAGUGAUCUUGUUAGCUCAGUUAGUCAUGUUAGCCUUUGUUUGGGGAAGAAGAAACGAACAAUUGUUUGAGAAAAUCGGGUACAACAUUUGAAGUGAAUCAAUAUCGAUUAUACUGAUGAAA